AUGCAGAGUUUAAUUCGUCAAUCCAUUUUAUGUAAUUUAUUAAAGAUAAAUAUAAGCGAAAAAAAAAAAGAAAAUCAAGCUGCUAAUAAUGCUAAUUCAUCAUCAACUGAUGUUGGAGUUAUUCGAAUUGGUCAUUAUAUUCUUAAUGAAACAUUAGGAACAGGAAGUUUUGGAAAAGUUAAAAAGGCAUAUCAUCAAUUAACUAGACAUACAGUUGCAAUUAAAAUAGUUAAUCGUACAAAAAUAAAACAAUUAGAUGUUGUUGGAAAAAUUCGAAGAGAAAUUCAAAAUUUAAGACUUUUUCGACAUCCACAUAUUAUUAAAUUAUAUCAAGUAAUUAGUACACCAACUGAUAUAUUUAUGGUUAUGGAAUAUGUAUCUGGCGGAGAAUUAUUUGAUUAUAUUGUUAAAAAAGGAAAAUUAACUGAAGCAGAAGCACGACCAUUUUUUCAACAAAUUAUAUCUGGUGUUGAUUAUUGUCAUCGACAUAUGGUGGUUCAUCGAGAUCUUAAACCAGAAAAUCUUCUUCUUGAUGAUGCAUCUCAUGUUAAAAUAGCUGAUUUUGGUUUGUCAAAUAUAAUGAAAGAUGGUGAAUUACUAAAAACAUCGUGUGGUUCACCUAAUUAUGCUGCUCCUGAAGUUGUCUCUGGAGAACUUUAUGCUGGACAAGAAGUUGAUAUUUGGAGUUGUGGUGUUAUUCUUUAUGCUUUAUUAACAGGAACUUUACCUUUUGACGAUGAUAAUGUUCAGAUAUUAUUUAAAAAAAUCCGAUCUGGAAUAUUUCCUAUUCCUGAUUAUUUAAAUCCAUCAGUAGUUGAUCUUCUUCAAAAAAUGCUUACUGUUGAUCCUGUUCGUCGUGCAACAAUAAAAGAAAUAAGAGAACAUGAAUGGUUUAAAGUAAAUUUACCUGAUUAUUUAUUUCCAAAAACAGGUGAAGAUAGUACAAAUAUUGUUGAUCUUGAUGCUAUACAAGAAGUUUGUGAGAAAUUUGGUGUUAAUGAAGCUGAAGUUCAAGAAGCAUUAUUAAUUAAUGAUCGUCAUGAUCAAUUAGUUAUUGCUUAUCAUUUAAUAAUUGAUAAUAAACGAAUAUGGAACGAAGCUCGAAAAGUGGAAAUAGCUGAUUUUUUUUCUGCAUCAAGUCCACCUCAUUCAGCAUUUUUAUCUAUGACUCCAAAUUCAUCAUCAGCUCGUGCUCCAUCACCAUUUAAAUCAUCUCCAAUUCGGCCACAUCCAGAAAAAAUGCCAGCUUUAAAAGAUUUAAGUGUAACGUUAGAUCCAAUUGAUCCAAAUAAUGUUCCAAAUAAUUCUUCUCCUCAUAAUACAAAUAAUUCUCAUCAUCAUACAUCUCAUCAUCAAAGAGUUUCAAGUUCAACAGCAACAGGAAAUAGUGGAUCAGGUGCAACGUCAUUAAAAAAAGCUAAAUGGCAUUUAGGUAUUAGAUCUCAAUCAAAACCACAAGAUAUUAUGAAUGAAGUAUUUAAAGCGAUGAAAGAAUUAGGAAUAGAAUGGAAGUUUUGUAAUAAUAGUAUGUAUAGCGUUCGAACACGACGUAAAGUUCCAAAUACUGAUCGAUAUGUUAAAUUGGGUCUUCAAUUAUAUCAAGUUGAUCAUAGAUCAUAUUUAUUAGAUUUUCGUAAUUUAAAUGCAAAUACAGAUGGUCAUCAUCCAAUGCUUUCUGCUCAAUCUGGUGUUCUUGGUGAUGAUAAUGAAAUGGAAAAUCUUGAACCAAAUCGUACAAUAAGUUGGGAACUUGGAGAUAGUGAUAAUACAAUGUCAUCAUCAACAGAUGAACCUGUAUCAGAAGUAAUGGAAUUUUUUGAAAUGGCUGCAAGUCUUAUUCGUACAUUAGCACCUGAUUCAGCAUCGAAAACAAAUGCAACGUCGACAUCGGCACCGUCUACUUAA